CCCUCCCUAGAGAACCGAAGCUGGGAUUGCUCUGGAUUUGUAACUUACUGAGCUACAAAAUCCUCAGUGCCCAGAGGCCCCGUCCACACCCAGGACCGCCCCCGCCCACUCCUGCUUCCUAGGUUGGCAGGGCGGAGUUUGGAUGGUGGGGCUGGGUUCUAUUUGUGCUGCGUAGCUGAUGCUGGUCUAGUUCUAGCAAGUGACCGCUUCAGCCACUCCAGGACCGGGACAAAAGCCACCAAACCAGGAAAAUGGCUGACGGAUUUUCUCUUAAUGAUGCCUUAUCUGCAUCUGAAAAUCCAAACCCACAAGGUUGGCCACAAGGUUGGGGAAACCAGCCCCCUGGUACUGCAGCAUACCCAGGAUAUCCUGGAACCUACCCUGGUCCAGGAGCGCCUGGGGCCUACCCUGGUCCAGGAGCGCCUGGAACCUACCCUGGUCCAGGAGCGCCUGGGGCCUACCCUGGUCCAGGAGCGCCUGGGGCCUACCCUGGUCCAGGAGGGCCUGGCCCCUACCCUGGUCCAGGAGGGCCUGGGCCCUACCCUGGUCCAGGAGGGCCUGGGCCUUACCCUGGUCCAGGAGGGCCUGGGCCCUACCCUGGUCCAGGACAUCCUAGUGCUCCUGGAGCUUAUCCAUCUUCAGGGCCCAUGGUUACCCCUAGUGGACCAACACCUCCUAUGGGAGGCCCACUGAUGGUGCCUUAUGAUCUUCCCUUGCCAGGAGGAAUUAUGCCUCGCAUGCUAAUAACCAUUAUGGGCACAACGAAACCUAAUGCAAACAAACUUGCUUUGGAUUUCAAGAAAGGGAAUGAUGUGGCCUUCCACUUCAAUCCUCGCUUCAAUGAGGGCAACAGACGAGUAAUAGUUUGUAAUUCAAAAUUCGACAAUAACUGGGGAAAGGAGGAAAGACAUGCUAUGUUCCCAUUUGAAGCUGGCAAACCAUUCAAAAUUCAAGUGCUCGUUGAGAUUGAUCAUUUCAAGGUUGCUGUCAAUGAUGCCCACUUAUUGCAGUAUAAUCAUCGAAUGAAAAAUUUCCGUGAGAUCAAUAAGCUGAGCAUUUCUGGUGAUAUUAACCUUACCAGUACCUCACAUACUAUGAUAUAAAUUUAAAGGAUCAGAAAUAUUUUUAAAGGAAUUUUCCUGUAAAACAUAUACUUAAGUGCUUCCUGAUUGUUAUGGGAGAGAUUUUAAAGGUACAAAUACUCCAUUACUUUCUUUGUCAUAGCCACACAAAAUUUAAUAAAUGUUCUUUCACUAAGUA